CUUUUCCGCCUGCUAGCAGAGUUAGCAGUGAGGGCUAACCCCUGAGCAGCCAGCUGUCGGAUUCACUCAGUCUGUCCCUUCGAGUGUUGUCGGAUGUGCUAGCUAACCUGCUUUCUUUCCGUUGAAAAACACAGAACACCUGGGUUGCUUUUGUUUCCUUCAGGACCAAGCUGCUCGACCCUGCGAGCCACCAGCGGUAUUUUAGUUGUCGCCGCCGUCACGACAGAUAGAGAAGCUGUGGGACAUGGCCAGACCAGAACAAGUCCUGGUGCUGGAGCCGCAACACGAACUGAAAUUCCGAGGCCCUUUUACAGAUGUUGUCACUGCCACUCUGAAGCUCACCAACCCCACAGACAGAAAUGUGUGUUUCAAAGUCAAGACGACCGCACCUCGCAGAUACUGUGUGCGCCCCAACAGUGGCAUCAUUGAUUCGGGAACCUCCAUAAACGUCUCUGUUAUGCUGCAGCCUUUUGACUACGACCCCAAUGAGAAGAGUAAACAUAAAUUUAUGGUGCAGUCCAUGCUGGCUCCCAGAGACAUGACUGAUAUGGAAGGAGUUUGGAAGGAGGCAAAGCCCGAAGAGUUGAUGGAUUCAAAGCUGAGAUGUACAUUUGAAAUGCCUCUAGAAAAUGACAAAACUCAUGAGAGCGAAAGCAUCAAACCCGUGUUUUCCUCUACCUCUGUUAAGACCGAGCACUCGGCGCUGCCCAAGUCAGCCAGCGCCUCGCUGGAUGACGGGGAGGUGAAGAAGAUCAUGGAGGAGUGCAAGCAGCUGCAGAUGGAGGUGCAGAGGUUACGGGAAGAAAACAAACAAAUCAGGGAGGACGACGGUCUGCGGAAGAGAAAGGUGACACCAGUGUCUUCUCAUCACUCUAACACCAUGGUGACCAUGACGAAGGAUGAAGGCCUGAGCACUCGCGUCCUGGCAUUAUGCUUGCUCUUCUUUGUGAUUGGAGCCAUCGUUGGCAAGCUGGUCCUGUAGAGACAAACAAAGCAGUGACGGACGGACGGACGCGGUGCUCCGAAGGGCACGUACCAAUGACGUCAACGGGGAUGUCUCCUGGGUCUAUGUUAAUCUGUUUCCUUGUUUUCUUUAAUAUUUAAGGCAAUACAUUAUGGUGGCAUGUUUGGAUGAGAAAUCACUGAAGGUGUAAAAAGAAAACAAAGGAAAGCAGUCCCAAGUUAAAGCACGAGGGUGAGCUUUUUCUGUCACAUGCCUGGUUUUUUUCCCCGUUUCUUUUUUUGUUGAAUAAUCAUGACUUUUGAUCUCUGUUUUCCGUCCUCUCCUUCCUAAAUGGUCUUCCCCAGCUUGCACAGGUAACGGUUAUCAGUGUGGAAGUGGCAUCACACUGGCUGAAUGUUUAGUCUUUCAUUGAUUCCUAAGUUUUAAAGAUCCUCACUCACGUGUGUCUAAUUUCAUGUUUCUUCCACUCACUGAUAAUGUACCAAGAGGUGAACGAAACUGAUCAGUGAAAGACCUUUUUGAUUUUAUUUUUUUAAGCAAACUUAAUGUAUCGUCUUCUAAACAGUUUGUGGUCAAAUUAUAUAAAUAUAUACAUAUGUAUACUGUAUAAAUGAGCCAGUAGAAGCUGCUGGUGUGUGUCUUGUUGAUUAUGCUUUCUGCAGGAGUGCCGAUGUGGCUGAGUGUAGGUUUUUAUGUGAGAAGGUUGGAUAAGGUGAAAUUUAAAACAAGGGAAGAGAGUUAGCAUUAAACAAACGUGUCAUUUGAACAGUUUUCCUGUAUCCAGAAAAAUGGAGAGAAAAAAUGGGGUUGCUUGUUGAAACUCGCGAGCAAGACUUAAUGAUCUCAUUUGCUGUCCAGUCCCAAAAAAUCUGUGUAAACGUGCUUAAAAUCAAUUUUUGGGCCACUAAUAAAAUUGUGAAUUAAUAAACAAAAGAUUAUUGUAGUAAAUUCAUGCUGCACGCUGAUCUAAAAGCUGAUGUUCAAUGAUCACGGAUGAAAUUUCAAAUCCACGGCCGGUCAUGCAGACCAGUUUAUACAGUUUUAAUAAACAUGGUGUGUAAUAAAAAGUCUUGGCUACCUUGUCUAUUUUUGCCCAAAUUAAUUUAGUCUACUAG